AUGGCAGCGUCGACGGUGCAGAGCAGACGUUUCCAGCGCUCGCUCUCGCACACCGAACGCGCACCCUCGAUUCUGGCGUGCCCGUCGUGGUCGUGGAUCGCCGUCGCCGUCGUCACAGUUGCACCUUUCCCAGCGCCGCCGCAGGAGCCAGGCCGUAGCGCGGCUGCCCCGUUGGGCACCAGGGAUCUCGACGAGGAAGCGAAGCAGCCCGCGCUCCAAGCAACGCGACCCUUCGUCACCGCAACUCGAGUGCAGCGGCCAGUCCAUAUAGUCCCGCCGCCGCCCCGCCACUCUGCCGUGCGUGCGUAUUACUACUUGUUGCCGAGUCUCUGUACGAGCAUCGCCAUCGUCUGUACCCUCCACAUCCACAUCCACGUCCUCGUCCACGUCCACGUCCACGUCCACGUCCACGUCCACGUCCACAUUUCCCUAUACAUUCACUUCCACACCCACAUCCACACCCACAUCUACGCCACACCCACGCCACACCCACACCACACCCACACCCACACCCACACCCACGCUGCCACCUACAGUGUGCCACGCCACUCCCGCUCGCACACAGCCAUCGUCGGUCGCAGAGCAGCACAACUGCAACCUGCCGCCAGCAGUCUGACCCAACUCCCCUCCCACCAAUCCCCCCGACUCACCGUGAAGCUGGAUUCCCACGAGACGUCGCCGCCGCCCCUCUCCCACUCGCCGCGCGAAUCCACCGCAGCGAGCACGCCCGUCACCACCCCCACCCAGCAGCCCGUCUCGCCCCAUUUUGGCCGUGCUGCAAAAGAAACUCCCUCUCUCUCCCACGCCUGGCAGCGCAAGCCGCACGAGCUUGUCUCCAGCCGUCAGCCCGAGUUCGACCUCCUGUUCGAAGACGCCGGCGACUGCAGCUUUCCCUUGUUCCCCGAGAGCCCGGCGCCACACAGCAGCUUUCUGCCCGCCAUGGCACAGACAGCCACCCCCAUCGACAUCCAGACGCCCCCGCGCUAUGGCUCCCACUCUCCGCAGAACCAGACGUCCAACCUGACGUCGGCCCUGCGCGAAGCCGAGGCCAACCGCGACUUCACCCAGACGCCCAACCAGCUCGACCCCAAUGGCGCCCACCCCCGCGACGCCCGCCCCAGCAUGUCGGACCGCCACGGCUCCAUGAGCAACAUGCUGGGCACCUCGUUCUACGGCAGCGGCGCCCGUCCCAUCUCCAUGAGGGACCGCGGCCGCCGUGAGAGCACCAACAUGGGCAGCUUCAACGGUGGCAUGAGUUGGGGCGGCGUUUCGGUUGGCUCUUGGAUCCGCGAUGACAUCAUGAUGGCAGGCACCUCACCCGCUCCCAUGAACAUGGGACAGUCGCCGUCCUUCCACUCGUCCUCGUAUCUCCCCAAAAUGGAAGCCGCUUUCAUGAAGGACUUUACCUGCUGUGGCCUCACCUUGGCUUCGCUGCACGAUCUGCUGCAGCACUUUGAGGAGACCCAUGCCAACGCUCCUGCAGCCCGCAACUCCCAGCCUGCUCAGAACGGCUUGCCACAAGCGUCAGGUACACCUGCGCCCUCCAUCGCCCCCGGGCAGACGCAGGGCGAGCCCGCCAUGAACACGCAGAUGGGCUUCCACCCGCGCUCAGGCUCCAUGGGAGGCUCACGUCAACGCCUGAACUCCAUCAGCCGCUCCACCCUCUCGACUGUGCAGGACAUGGACUCUUUGGACGACAUGGAAAUGGACAUGGACGGCUUCGACAGCCUGGCUCCUAUCGAAGAGGCUCCCUCGCAGUUUCCCGUCCAGCAGCCCCAGUUUGGCCAGCAGCAAAACCAGCUGCCACAGCUCAACGUCAACCUUGCCAACACAAUGCAGAACCACCAGGGCCUGAGGGCGUCGACACCAUCAACACCAUCAGCAUCGCAGCAGUUCAACUUCAACAACAACCCUACCGUCUCAUCCGUAAACACGCCCACCCUCGGCACGGUACCUAUGCAAAACCACAACCUGACCUCACCCGAGUCGUCGCAUCCUGGAACACCUGCUGAGCUGGACAUGGACUUCAACAGCUUCAACCCUAUGAUGGGCAUGGACAUGGGCGUGAAUGGCGUGAAUGGCAUGAACGGUAUGAACAUGAGCUUUGGCAACGGCAACUUCGGCAUGUCUGCCUUUGACAACAACGGCACAAUCGAUCAGCCUGGCAAGCGUCUCUUCAGCAAGCAAGGUGGCGGUCUGAACCAGGCUCAGCUACAAGCAGCGCUCAAGAACUACCAGCUCGGUGGCAACGACCAGAGCGAGCUAGCACGCAGGAUCCGCGAGCAGCAGAUGCUCAACGGAGCAAGCAUUCCCCAGUUCCCCUUCCCUGAAGAGGUCAAGCCUUUCAGGUGCCCAGUCAUUGGCUGCGAGAAGGCAUACAAGAACCAGAACGGCCUCAAGUACCACAAGCAGCAUGGCCACCAGAACCAACAGCUCAAGGAGAAUGACGAUGGCACAUUCUCGAUUGUCGAUCCUCUUACUUCCAUCCCGUACCCUGGUACCGUUGGUAUGGAGAAGGAGAAGCCCUAUCGCUGCGAAGUGUGUGGCAAGCGAUACAAGAACCUCAACGGUCUCAAAUACCACCGAUCCCACGCUCCUCACUGCAACCCGGAGCUUGCGCUGCAGAAGCUUGGACUGGCUCCCAACAUGCAAAGCCUCCAAAACCUGCAGAACGCCAACGUUGCAGGAGCUGGAAUGGGUGGCAUCGACCCGUCCAUGUUCUAG